CCAAGAUGGCUGACACUGGGAACGAGGUUACCUGUGCUGAAUCAGCGGACUGUCAGCGGUGAUAGCAAAAAAUGCGGGAAUACUUUUACAAACACCGGUGACAAAAUACAAGAAAUCUCGUGAAAUUCUGAAAAUGUAGUACACUAAGUCGUCAAUUUCAGCCGUCAGAAGUCACUAAUGGCGCUUUCUAGUCCAGAAUCACCAGUUCCCCAGCGCCGGAUCUUUAUUAACCGUGUUGAAAAUCCAAGCGAGGAACAUGAAGAACUCAACAAAAUGGCGCACGGUGUUAUCGCAGAGAGUCGAAGUGAAGAUGUCUUUUCCAGCUAUGUAUGCUAUUCUCUACACCAAAAGAAUAUUCAGCGUCAUCCAGGAGACAUUGUAGAGGCUGGAUGUCUGGCAGCUCAACAGUUACCAGCAGCCAAAUAUGCAUUGUUUGAGUCACUUCCACAAGAUUUGGUAGAGACAGGUAAACUGAGUGAUCUACAGCUGGAAGGAGUUUUAUAUGCUUGUCAGAGACAUCAGAUUGUGCUUGCCAGUGGACAGAGGGCAGGGUUCUUUAUUGGAGAUGGUGCUGGUGUUGGGAAGGGGAGGCAGAUUUCUGGAAUAAUAUUGGACAACUUUGCCCGUGGAAGGUGCAAACAUGUGUGGUUUAGUAUUUCAGCUGACCUCAGACUAGAUGCACAAAGAGAUUUACAUGACAUUGGUUGCUAUGCAAAAGUGAUUGAUGGUUGCCAGCAGCUUGACAAGGAGACAAGAGUAUUUGGUUUGCCUGCUGACUUCAAAGAAGGGGUAGUUUUUAGUACAUACGCCACUUUAGUAUCAUCUGUCCAAAAAGGCACUAAUCGUCAAAGCAGACUGCAGCAGUUGAUCGACUGGUGUGGCGGAGAGCAGUUCAAUGGCUGCCUAAUAUUUGACGAGUGUCAUAAGGCAAAGCAUUUUGUACCAGGCAAAGAGGAAACAAGUACAAAAGUUGCCCUUGCUGUCACAACGCUACAAAGGAUCCUUCCAAAAGCUCGUGUUGUGUACUGCAGUGCAACUGGCGUAACGGAUGUUAAAAAUAUGGCAUUCAUGGAGCGACUUGGUCUGUGGGGAGAUGGGACGGCAUUCAAGUCAUUUGAUUCUUUUCUAACCAGCAUCAGUAAGAGAGGACUCGGUGCUGCUGAAAUGUUAGCUAUGGAGAUGAAGGCAUCUGGAAUGUAUGUCUCCAGAGGACUUAGCUUCAGACAAGCUGAGUUUGUUAAUGUAGAGGCUCCUUUAACAGCAGAUCAGAUUAAAGUUUAUGACACAGCAGUUCAUGUUUGGAGUGAGUUAAAGAAGUCACUUGAAUAUGCCAUUGGUCGAACUACAACUUCCACACCAAGAGUAUGGUCAGUGUUCUGGUCCAGUCAUCAGAGGUUCUUCAAACAACUCUGUAUGAGUAUGAAAGUACCUACUAUUGUACAGGAGGCCCAGCAAGCGCUACAGGACAGCUACUGUGUAGUGAUUGGUCUGCAGUCCACUGGAGAGGCGAGUUUAGAAAGUGAAAUAACACGGUGUGGUGGAGUAUUGAAUGGUUUUAUUUCCAGCACAGAAGAAAUCCUCUCUCGGUUUAUCACACAAUAUUUUCCAACUCAGAUAAUCAAAUCGAAUGGCGAUGUAGUUGAAGAUCAGUGGAGCAUCCAAGCAAAGAAUCUUCUGUUAACGUUUGUCAGGAAAAUUAAUCUUCCAAUUAGUCCCCUUGAUGACCUCAUAAACCAACUAGGGGGACCAGGGAAAGUAGCAGAAAUGACUGGUAGACGUGGUCGCGUGGUAAAAACCGAUAAGCAACCUCAACCUCAUUACGAGGCUCGAGAAUCAGACAGCAGCAAUGUGGACAGUUUAAAUAUUCAAGAGAGAAACAGCUUCAUGAAUGGAACAAAGCACGUAGCUAUUAUAUCAGAUGCUGCUAGCACCGGAAUCUCAUUGCAUGCUGACCUCCGAGCAGCCAAUCAGUGUCGUCGUGUUCAUGUGACAAUUGAGUUGCCAUGGAGUGCUGACAAGGCUGUUCAGCAGCUGGGAAGAUCACAUCGGUCAAACCAAACGAGUGGUCCAAUCUAUAAACUUGUAACUACAAACUUGGGUGGAGAGAGAAGAUUUGCAGCGGCAGUUGCUCGCAGGCUCCAGUCACUAGGUGCACUUACCAAAGGCGACAGACGAGCUGCAACUGGGGCCGACUUGACUCAGUUCAAUUUUGACACACCGUAUGGCCGGUCCGCUCUUAGAAACAUGUACCAGUCCAUUACUCUGCAAUCCAUUUGUCCAGGAGUCGCUUUGUCCAAGGUCCUCUCAGCAGCUCAUAUUCCUGAUAAAUAUGAAUUUACAGAGUUUAACACAAUAGCCAGGCAAUGUCUUGUAUCCAUGGGUGUGACCGAUGCAAGUUUUGUAGUAAAAGACAAAGAAGCCAGUGAUGUUGGAAGAUUUUUAAAUCGCAUUUUAGGGCUAAGUGUGGAGCGACAAAACUUGUUAUUCUCGUAUUUCUGUGAAUGCCUUAAUGCAGCAAUCGAAACUGCAAAACGAGAAGGCAGGUACAGUGAAGGCGUGACAGAUGUAUCUGGAUCUUCAAUCACGAUGGUUGGCGAUCCUAAACCGGUUUUUACCGACUUCCAAAGAGGCCUCAUGGAAACAAAACACGUGACUCUUAACGUCGACCGCGGGAUAGACUGGGACUCGGCCGUGAAGCAGUUUCAAGAGAAUGGUUCUAACAAGCUCGACGGCUUUUAUUGUUCUAAAAGGGAACAGAAAGGACAGCGGUUGUACCUGUUAGCGAUACAGAAGAAGUCCUCAACACGUCUUUUCAACAUUACAAGACCAAACACAGGCCGGUCGCCAUUUGAGGAAGAAAAGGCCGAUCUGCUGCAUAAGUACAACAAGAUUUCUUUGCCAGACGCAGAAUCGGGAUGGAAAGCUCAGUAUGAGAGAACAAGGGAUCACUGUAUUCAUGGCUUGGGAUGCAAGACUGGACCUUCUUGUAAAACUGGUUGUCGUAUCACUCAAAUUAAUUUAUUAUGUGGUGGAAUUAUUCCUCUGUUAUCUGCCUUGGAACUGGCCAUGGCAAAACACGCCGAUAAACUCGGACUUACUAAGGAGAGUCGGUCUUUAAGAGUAGUCCGCGUUGAACUGGAUAGUGGUCAGCGGCUAGUUGGUUUGCGUUACCCAGAGCAACUCAUACCGGAAGUAACCUUAUUUCUCAAGGAACAAAAAGUUAUCGACUCGGUCUUAGAAAAACAAAGUGGUGUUUUAGGAGUAGCUGGGCCUUCACAGGAGACAUCAAAAGCCAGCCAAGCGUACGAAGAAGCGGAAGCCCCGAUCAAUCCAAGAACUUUAACAAAGGCGACAACACCACUUGUGACUAUUAAAAAUUUCUUUAAACCAAGGGUUGUUGAAACAAGACCGGAGCACGAUGGAAAUGCCUCAGAAAAAGUCGAAGAAGCAAGUGGAGAAAAUGGCUGUACUAAAAAAGACUGCGGCAUGGCAAUUGCAGACAGUCCUUUUACGUCUACUAAAACUACGACGAACAAACAAAGUGUGCCUGAGAAAAAUAGCAAAGGAGUUAAAUCUGUUUACUUUAAAUCCCAGGGAUCGAAUCACGAGAAAGCUCCGCAGGAAAAAACUUCUGCGGGUGGUCUUUCAAGAAUGAAUGGCCUUGUAAGUCAUCUUCCUGACUCCCUUUCAAAAGAGAACUUGCAAAGAAAGGCAUCAUUGAAGAGGGCUAACUCUGACACGGCUUCAAGGACCAACAAACGGCAGAAGCAAUCAAGUAUUCUAUCUUCGUUUGGGAAAAAGACUGAAAAGCUUGUCGAUGAGACGAAGAAGGAAAUUUACUGUCCCGUUUGUGGUGUGAAAUUUGCCAAUGAAGUGAAAAAUGUGGAGAUAAACAAACAUAUUGAUGGCUGUCUCACUAAAUGACGACCUUCUGUGGAGUUAGUGCUUGUUAAAAUCUGUGUCAACAAGAAAGUAAGAAGAGAAUUUUUAUUUUAAAAAAGUAUCAGUGAAGGGAACCAUAAACCAAAAGCUACUCAGGUAUGAGUGAGGGGGAGGUAAGAAUGAGGCCUAAACGUUAAACCAAAAGCGAAAACCAGACCCAAGGAUGUCCAACGAACUAGAACGCACCCCCGCCNCCCCCCC